CUCUCAAUCCGUCUUCUCUCCGCUUCCUCCUGCCUGAACUGCCUUCUGCUGAGCUACAUCGGCCCGAGCCAAGCAUACGUCGUGACUACAUGCCAGAUGAUGCACUGAAGGUGGUUUUGAUGACAGACCAGCCGCUAUGCAGUGCUGGUGGUUGUUGCGCGGCGUGUAGGUGUUUGCUGGGAAAGAAAGAGUGAAUCCAGGAAGGCCGGAGAGAAGUGAGAAGUGAGAGAGAGAUAGAGCAUACAGACCGACAGGAGGCCACGGUUCCCCCUCACACACACACACACAUCACCGCGGCCUUGAUGGUGAUGUAUGCAAGGAAACCAACAAGAGUCAGCGAUGGGUGCACCGACAGAAGGGAUUCACAAUCCUAUCAGACCCAUAAAUCUCAGCCAAAGAGCCAGUCCAGCAGCCUUCACCGUUACGACAAGGUGCGUGAUGGCUCGUCAGAUCCCACGCCCCCUUACAAGAUUCUGCGACGCUCAGACGAAAGUCCUGUCAGCAGACAUGGAGACGGCACAGGACAUGGCAAGGCAAAAACCUCCCACACAGUUAGAGGAAAAAAUGGGACCAGCGGUUCUCCUCAGGAGAACUCUCACAACAACAGCUCCCACCAUGGCUCCGACUCGCAUGCGUCUCAGAGCAAGCCUACAGACAGGCACCAGGACCCAGCAGAUGACUGGACCGAACACAUCAGCUCCUCUGGGAAAAAGUACUACUACAACUGUAGAACUGAGGUCUCCCAGUGGGAGAAGCCCAAGGACCUGUUGGAAAGAGAACAACGACAGAAAGACUCAGUCAAGAUGCCGGCGAACAGUUUCCCCAGGGACAUGGACUACAGACAAGAGGCCUUGCAGGACAAAGCCACAAAGACCACUUCAGGGGACCAGUCCACAGCAUCCAACUCCGGCCAUUCCUCCUCUUCCUCUCAGAGCCUGAACUCCGCACCUGGAGCGUUAGGCUCCACCCCCUCCACCAUGCCCUCCUCCUCCUCCGCUUCCUCCUCCUCUACGGGGCAGUUGCCUCAAUCUGUCCAGUCCCAGUCGCCUGCCCUGCUCCAGGACCCGGCCCUCCUGCAUCAGCUCCUGCCAGCGCUGCAGGCAACUCUGCAGAUGAACAACGGCAGCAUGGACAUGGCUAAGCUCAACGAGGUCUUGGCAGCUGCUGUCACCCAAGCUUCCUUGCGGUCUGUGCUUCAUAAGCUCCUCACUGCUGGACCUGCUUUCAACAUCACUGCUUUGCUCUCAGCUGCUCAGCACUCCAACCAAGCCCAGCACUCCAGUCAGUCCCCUGUGUCUCUGACAUCAGACGCAUCAUCACCGAGACCGUACGUCUCACCACGGAACGGCACGCCACAGAGCAACCAGAAAUCCCUUCUGGGCGUGCACCCCAGCAGCAUCGCGUCCUCACAAACCAGGGGCAGUAUGUCUUCAAGUAAGCAAGGCUCAGCCGCCCUGGCUCAGACCGCAGAGAAGCGUCCAGAAGACCCCAGGACUCUCCAGCAGAGAAGCCAGGAGAUGCUGUGCACGGGAUCGAUAUCUGGUGCGGCGUUGCCCCACGUCCCCUCCGGCAGCACCAGUCAAACCCAGGCUGACGCCCCCAGCUCCUUCACUCCCACCCUGGCUGCUCAUUUUGAUGAGAGUCUCAUCAGACAUAUCCAAGGAUGGCCUUCAGAGAACACUGAGAAACAGGCGGCUCGGUUGCGCGAGGACAUUCACAACAUGGGCAGCCUGUACAUGUCAGAGAUCUGCACAGAGAUGAAAAACCUUCGCUCUCUGGUCAGAGUGAGUGAAAUUCAGGCUACACUGAGGGAACAGAGAAUCCUGUUUCUGAGGCAGCAGAGCAAAGAGCUGGACAAGCUGAAGAACCAGAACUCCUACAUGGUGUGAGGACCUGACCAGAGAAGGAAGGACAAGGAUGGAUGGAUGGAUGGAUGGAUGAAAAUGUUGGAGAGAAAAAAGAAGAGGAACAGACACGGACAGUGAGCUGCUGCAGCCUGUUUAUUCUCCCUGUUAGAGCGACUGAGAAAAGCUGUUAGAAGACGGUGACUGACAACAUAAAGCUCCAUCAUCCUCCAACAUGUCUUCUUUUACUUCUCGCUUCUUUUUUUUUUUUUCUUUUUAAUAGUUUUUCCAGUGUCCCACCACAUGAAUUGCUCUUGUUGAAAGUCGAAACUUGAUGGUUCACCGAGUCGGACACUUUAACCAGUGGACACAGAGGACCUGAGGAUCUUUUCAAACAGCACCUUUUCGGACUGUGAACCUUGGAUUGUGUGUUAUUGUAUCGGGUUAACUUGUUUUUCUGGUGUGUUUUUUGAUGUGUAGUGGUCAGGAAAAGAUUACAAUUCAUUCUUGGAAAAAAAUAAACUAAAACAAACAUCUUAUAAUUGAACUUCUGAAAUGGACUUUGUCACUUAGUCAUGCAUUGAGAUUUAUGGAUUCAAUGGCAGUGAUGUUACUAAUGUUAUUUUUUAUUCACUAUACUCGUCAGUGGUUUCGCCAUCCUGGUGUGUCUUGGAGCUGAUUUGGUUUUUACAUGUCAUGACAUGAGAUUUAAGCGGCCGGACCUUUCUAAAGAAAAAAAAAAAAAAAGCUUAAAUGUGCUUCAGUUGUUUAUCCCAAUCGACGGGAAUCUGCUUUAUGGUUCCAGUAGCGGAAAAUUCACUGGAAAGUUAUGGCUAAGUUAUGUCAAACACACUCCAGAUGUUUCAAAGCCAUUGUGCAAAAGCCUACAUUAUUGGACCUAGGUUGGCUGCUAGUACAUAAGAGGUUGUAUUAAUUUGUAGUCCCGCUGGCCGUUUUCUAUCCCUUAUGUGAUUUCUUUUUUUUUUCUUCUUUUUUUAAUUUGUAUAAUUUUUUUCUCCUCCAAGUCCAAUUGGAGAAAUUCUUCAUUCCUGUGUGCAGCGUAGCAAGAGCUUGUGUAAAAGAAUAGAAAAGUGACUGAAUUUACAGUGAUGUAAAUUAAAGUUGCACUUGAUUGAUUACGUCCUUGUAGUCUCAUAACAGAAUAGAUCAAUGGAACAGAUGUUUUGUUUUUGUUUUUUUUAAAUGUUAUUUUAUUUUUUCAAAAAGGAAACUCGCAUUUUGUUUCAUUUUCGUCUUUUGUCCAUCCGUCAUGGCCGCAGCCCUUUCAUCGACUGACUCUUGCCAGAUUUUGGCGGCUUCUUUUAAAGGGUUCAUUCAGGACGGUCGGUAUACUAUUUUAUAUAAACAACAGAGAUCACAUUAAACUACAGUCAUACACUUCUACACCCACAAAGCGACUUCCUUUUGUCUCUCGGCUGUUUCUUUUCCUUGUCCUUUUGAAUAAUUUCCACCGGAUCUGAU